AUGUCGUACUUUCCUGUCACUCAUUAUCGACUAUUCAACGAUCCGUACGAUCGAUUCUUUGGUGAUCAACAGCAUUUCUUCGAUCCAUGGCGUGACUUUGACACAUUUCCUACCGCAUUGUCGACCACACCAAGUUCAUUUCGAUGGAUCAAUCAACCGCGUCGUAUAAGCCGUUCAUCGUUUUAUACAACGUCGGGUAAUACAAAUAGUACCAACGGUGGUAAUACACUUAUUCCUGUCACCACAACAGUGACAACGCCAGCUCUUUCAGAAAAAUUUCGUGUUCAACUCAAUGUAGCAGGGUUUAAUCCGGAAACAAUUAGAACAAGAGUCGAGGGCCGACGAGUAAUUGUUGAAGCGAAGCAAGAAGAUCGACAGGGCGAUGGAGAUUACAGCAUUCGUGAAAUUCGCAAGACAUACGAUCUUCCCGAACACGCUGAUGCCAGCAAUUUAGCUUCAUACGUCACCCCAAACAACAUGUUGGUUAUUGAAGUUCCUAUUUUUCAUCCACAAGUCGAGCGUCGUAUAUCGCAAACAGUUGCCGAUACGAAUUCUCUCGCUCAGUUCGGUCAAUAUCGCGAUCCUAUAUUUGAUUAUGCCGGUUUUAUUGGUUCAUCAGACUUUCAUCCGCAUAUUAUCGAUACGAAUAUCAAUGGACAAAAACAAUUGAAAAUGUCUUUGGCAGUGAAAAAUUAUCGUCCAGAACAAAUCAAAGUGUCAGUGAAAAAUAACGAAUUGAUCGUUCAAGCGGAAAACGUUUACAACGAUAACACACGUUCUGAACGUUCGUUCCUCACCAAGUCAAUUUCAUUGCCACCUGGUGCACAGAUCGAACAACUACGAUCAUUUCUCAAUGUUGACGGAAUUCUAGAAAUUGAAGCGCCAUUCAUUGAACCAAACCAAAUGCGUUCAAUCGAAGUACAGCGCCAAUAA